GCAGCUGAAAAGAAAAUUUGCGCCAGUGUGGAGCUUUCAGCAGGAGUACGCAGCUAGAGAAAAGCGUAUUCUUAGGCAUCAGACAGUGCGAUUGAACGGAGAUAAUGGAGGCCAAUGAUCUUCCGACCAAACCUAUGCCUGUGGUACAGCAGAAGAUGAUGGCAAGGACUCGCAACCAAGUGGGCUACCACUGCAUAUUGCAGAGAUCCCUCCGCUUUGAUCCCAACUUUUAUUUUCCAACCCGUUUGAGAGGGGGCUUGAGACUGACGCUCCUGUUUUACGCCCAUGGUGACAGACCAAGAAUGAACCUUUACAUGUACGCUCCGGAUACCGUUCACAACUACAUCCUCCUGCGCGUCUAUCCAACUCAAUCCACAAAAUAUAACAGUAUCCACUUCGACGGAAUAAAGCCCUGGCCUUCGAACUGGGGUUACGUUCUCGGACGGAGCAAGAUCGAGAAAGGAAUGUACUUCGUUAUACAGAUGGAGCCAACAUGGUCACAAACGUGGAACUGGGAAGUUCGGUGCAUUGUCAACGAUAUUUGUAACGACACCACACCCGGGGCAAAGGAGUACGACCGCCUCUGGACAGAUCCGUACUAUCAAGGGGAAAUGCUGCUGAUGGAGUACCAUGUAACGCAGAUAUGGCAGUCGAAAACUUCCAUCAUCUACUCGCGGGAGAUGAUAUUGCCAGUUAAGUAUGGCAUGGUGAGCCUUCAUCCGGGAUCUGUCUGCACGAUCACCGCGAAGACUGCGAACAUAGAUGUGUGCGGCCCACGAGUCGAAAUCGCAUUGCUUCCACGUGGAGGAAACAGAGAGACUAGUCGACUGGAAAGGCGCAGAAUACAUAGUCUCGGUGACGCCCAACCCGACACUCACGUCACUAUUACCCUGAUGGCCUCAGCGGGCUACGUGAAGGUCUUGCCAAGCUUCUCCGACAAAAUAGUCCUGUUCAGCCCACAAGAAGACACGGCCGGAUAUGCUUUCCACUUCUUCUGUAACAUCGACAUUAUCAACGCCGUCUUGGAUUGUGGAGCCUGGUACUACGCACGUUGGUACUAAGCCAUCAUCGCAGAGCAACAGGUCACGUUGGAUGAUUCCAGCUGGAAAUCCCUUGCGCGGUUUGUCGAAAUCAAACGCUUGUUGUUCAAUAAAGGAAGUCGCAUGAAA